AUGACGCUCGGGCUCCCGGGCUGCGCAGCCUGGGCGGCGUCCCUUGGCUUGGGGUCCCCGGCCACCACCGUGAGCCGCCAAGAGAAGGAGGUUGGGGGUGCAGGGGCAGCCGGGGAGGCGGCGGCGGCGGGCAGGAGGGACCAAGGGCAGGGACUGGGCUGGGCCCAAGCGGCCUGCGCGCUGUACUUCGUCCGUACCCCGCCGCAGCGGGCAGGGCUUGACGCUCCCGAGGUAGCCGCCUCCGCCUCGGCUCAGGGGCUGCAGAAGCCGACGGUGGCUUCAUUGUACAGAGGGAGCCCUGAGCCUCUGCGGGAGCAGCUUGCUGAGGCCGCAGAGCGCACCGCCAGCCAGGCGCUAGCCCCCGGCCCCCGGCCCUUCGAUCUGGCGAAGCUUCCCCGGCUGCCAGGAUCCCAGGCCGGGAUGCACUUCAGCGCUGUCACCAGGGACAUGGAAGCCGCUGCCUUGGGGCCCCAGUCGAGAGAGUCGGCAAGGCUGGGGCAUCGAGUGUGUGAAGGGGUCGUCGAAGGAGCGGACUCCAGCUGCGCGGCCGCCGCCAAGGCGCCGGUAAAGAAGAACGCGAAGGUGGCCAGCGUGAACGUGCAGCUGGAGAUGAAGGCGCUAUGGGACGAGUUCAACCAGCUGGGCACAGAGAUGAUCGUCACCAAGGCUGGCAGGCGCAUGUUCCCUACGUUCCAAGUGAAGCUCUUUGGCAUGGACCCCAUGGCCGACUACAUGCUGCUCAUGGACUUCGUGCCUGUGGAUGACAAACGUUACCGGUAUGCCUUCCACAGCUCCUCAUGGCUGGUGGCCGGAAAGGCAGACCCAGCCACACCAGGCCGUGUGCAUUACCACCCGGAUUCUCCAGCCAAGGGCGCGCAGUGGAUGAAACAAAUUGUGUCCUUUGACAAGCUCAAGUUGACCAACAAUCUGCUAGAUGACAACGGCCAUAUCAUUCUCAACUCCAUGCACAGAUACCAGCCCCGUUUCCACGUGGUCUAUGUAGAUCCACGCAAGGACAGCGAGAAGUAUGCGGAGGAGAAUUUCAAAACCUUCGUGUUUGAGGAGACGCGCUUCACGGCUGUCACCGCAUACCAGAACCAUCGGAUCACGCAGCUCAAGAUCGCCAGCAACCCCUUCGCCAAAGGCUUCCGGGACUGCGACCCUGAGGACUGGCCGAGGAACCACCGGCCCGGCGCGCUGCCGCUCAUGAGCGCCUUUGCACGCUCGCGCAACCCCGUGGCCUCUCCCACGCAGUCCAACGGCGCGGAGAAAGAUAAGGCGGCCGCAGCUGGAGCCCCGCGACACGAGGGGCCCGGCAGGUGGCCUCGCACUGCCCUGCGGCCGCCGGGAGCCGUCCACGCAGCCCCAAGGGCCAUCGAAGACCCUGUUAACCCCCGCCCACCCCCCAGUCCCGGGAGACACCGCGGAAUCCUCCCCAGCCCCGAGGGUCUGUGCCCGCCAGUGCCAAAGAGCCCGUCCCAGGCGGAAGGAAACGCUAUUUAUUGUUCUUUCCAGAUCGCGUCGCCCCGGCCCGGCCGGGUCCAGCCGGCCGGUAGUUGCGGUGUAGACGACGGGAUUGCCUAG